GUUGCCUUCGCGGCGAGGCCAGACCCCCACAAAACAAGCCCUCCUUCCUUCUUACCCAUGCAAAUGCUUUUGUGUGCGCAGCCACUGCGCCUGUCUGGGAGCUGAGAUGAAUUUUUAAUUAGGUGUGCCCGACACAAACUGUCACACUGGAGCUUCCUUUCCGCGGGGCUUCUUCACCUGGGAGAGUGACUGGAGGAUUUUCUUCGGGAGCCAUGAAGUCCCAGGACCUUCCGGCCAGAGAUGCCCCGCCGCUUACCGUCAACGAGCAGGUCAUCGUGAUGCCUGGUCAGGAGACGAUACGCGUGCUGGAGGUGGGAGUCGACGCCUCUUCUUCGUUGGUACCGGAAGGGAAGAGGAUUGAGGGCGAAGCAGUGAAGGGAGGGGCUCGACCCGACGGUAACCGGCCACCAGGCGAGCAGGCUGGACCCACGCAGCAGGCGGCGCCCGCGGCGGAUCCGCCCCCUGCCCCGCCCCCUGCUGCCCAGACGGCCACUCCCAUCAGCAUAUCCCUGCCGCAGCAUCCGGCGGCCGCCGUCACUCUGCAAGGUUGUCCGCAGGUUCUGUCCCAGGAGAGUUUGGCCUCUCUGAUGACGGCUGGCAUGUUGGCCCAAACCAGCUCCCUGAGCCAGCCCUUGCUCAUUCCCAUCAGCAUGGCGGGAUCCAUCGGCGGCCAGGGAGGCCUCGCCGUCCUCACCCUGCCGACGACCAGCGUGGCCAAUCUGUCCGGACUCGCCGCCGCCACCACGCAGCACGGAAGCCUCCUCAAGCUGCCUUUUGCUGGCCUUCAAGCUGCCACAGUUUUGAACUCAGUCCAGCCUCAGCUCCAGACCAGCACACAGGCGCUGUUCCAGUCUCCGGCAGCUUCCAUACAGACCGCCUUCCAGCAGUCCCAGCCCGCCUCGCUCGCCAACUCCCACGGCGAAUGUGCGGCUCAAGCCACGCCGGCAACGGUCGCCGCCUCCCAGGCUAACCUAUCUGUGGCGGCGCUCCAGACGGCGGGGCUCUCCAUCAACCCUGCACUUAUCAACGCUGCCUCGCUCGGAGCGCAGACUCAAUUCCUCAGUUCGCUCACCUCCACUCCCAUCUUCACCAGCGCCAUGUCCAACAUGGCCGGCAUCACCAGCCAGAUCCUGACCACGGCACAGGGACAGGUGAUCGGAACGCUCCCCCUGCUGGUGAACCCGGCCUCCCUGGCCGCGGGGGCCACGCCCACUUUGCCCCUCCAUGGUCUGCAGGUUCAGACCGUCACCCCCCAGCUGCUCCUAAACACGCAGGGCCAGAUCUUCGCCGCGGUGGGGAACAGCCUCACGGCCUCGGCGGGGGUCCUGCCCAAAGCUGCCGCCCCGCCAGCGGCUACUAAACCCCAGCUAGAGGCGCCACUUUCGCAGCAGAUCUUUACAAAGAUCGUGCCCGAUUUGUCGGGUUUGAUGCAACCGCAGGCCACGGCUGCCUGCCAGUCGCCCGUCAUCAUCGCCCCGCAGCCGUCGGCGCUCAAGAGCGCCGCCACGCCGUCCUCCGCGGCCCCGGUGACCUGUGCCGACAUGGCCAAAGCGGGCCAGCUGGUCAGCAAGCCCCACCAGGCCGCCAGCAGCGACGAGGGCAUCAAUCUGGAGGAAAUACGAGAGUUCGCCAAGAACUUCAAGAUCCGUCGACUGUCGCUGGGGCUGACGCAGACGCAAGUGGGACAGGCUCUGACCGCCACCGAGGGCCCCGCCUACAGCCAGUCGGCCAUUUGCAGGUUUGAAAAGCUGGACAUCACCCCAAAGAGCGCCCAGAAGCUGAAGCCGGUACUGGAGAAGUGGUUGGCCGAGGCCGAGCACUGGAACCUGAAGGGCCAACAGAACCUGAUGGAGUUCGUCGGCGGCGAGCCGUCCAAAAAGCGCAAGCGGCGCACCAGCUUCACGCCUCAGGCCAUAGAGGUGCUGAACUCCUACUUCGAGAAGAACUCCCUGCCGACGGGCCAGGAGAUCACAGAGAUCGCCAAGGAGCUCAACUACGACCGGGAGGUGGUGCGCGUUUGGUUCUGCAACCGGCGACAGACGCUGAAAAACACCAGCAAGAUUAACAUUUUCCAGGCGCAGUAGAAGGAAACUUUUGUUUGUAAAUACCAGGAAAAAACAAGGAAGUUAGUACUAAUACAGGAAUCAAUGCAAGAACUGAAGGCAUUUGCUGCCAGUACACUUUAAUACUGUGUACUUACUUCCUUACAGUGUCCCAAGUCCCUUACGGUUGUUGCGCACUUAACCCUGGAAAAAGUGUGGUUAACCCCCUCCCACCCUUUUGCGCUACCGAGCCAGGAUGGCGACCAUUGAGGGUGGUAAGUGCCCGUCACUGCUCUCUCACCAUCUCAACCGUUCUACAAGUACUCGGUCCGUCUGUACUUCUCACUUAUGCACAAAAAGGACUACAGCGGUGUCUCGAAAGGACUACUGCAGGAUCCAGUGUACUUGGUCCCUGAGUGCGCACAUUCUCUAAGUCGUGUUCUUUUUUCGUUUGGAAAAGUUUGGUAGUCCCUUGUCGUCGACUAUGUCGCCCAGAUGGCGACUGUUACGGGUGGUGAGCGUUCAUCGCUGU